AUGGCCGCGAGUUUGAGCAUCGCGUCCUCUCUGUGCCGUCCUCCGGCGGCGGGCUCCAGCCUUGUGGAUCACGUGCGGAAGGUCUCCAUUGGCCUGGAGACCAUGGGGCCGCUGACCGCGCCGCACGUCGGCAUCAUCGCGGCCGCCCAGGCCAUUUGUGAGGCGGACGACGGCCUCGAGGGGGAAUUGGCGGCGCUCGUGGAGGCCGCGUCCGCCGAAGGCGACGAGGCCGGCGGCGCGCAGGGGGACGGCGCCAAAGGGCGCAAGAGGAAGUCCUCUGGCGCCGCCCCCUCGCGCGCCUCGCGGGCCAAGUGCGCGUAG